GGGCUCCGAUGGGACAACAUUUUUGCAUGUCCGAAGCAACGAAUAAAACCUUCAGCUCGGGAAAGAAACGUCGGUGGUUAUCUCCGUUACAGAGACAGAAAGAGCUGUGGGCUUCAGUUCCAACAUAAUCAUCAAUCUAAAAAACGUGCUGCAAUAAAUGGGGUGCCUUCACAGCCACCACCAACAUCGAAACGGCAGGGAUGAAGCCGCGGCUUCACCAGCCUUUAAAUAUGGUCCGUCCGAUCACGCUGCUGCACAUAUGCCCAGCUCAACCAAGCCCAACACCCAAAACAACAUGGUUUGCUUGCCUUAUGCUCACGUCGACUCCAGCCUCCGCGCCCUCGCCGGCCAAGCGGAGGGGUUCGGCCGACUCGCCAUCGGGGGUCUCCACGGUCCUCUUUACCGCGUCACCACCUUGGGAGAUGAUGGGCCGGGAUCACUUCGCGAAGGAUGUCGCAGUAAGGAACCUCGGUGGAUUGUCUUCGAAGUUUCGGGCACCAUUCAUCUCUCUUCCUACCUGACAGUGUCGUCUUAUAAGACCAUUGACGGUCGGGGCCAGAGGAUUAAACUCUCAGGGAAGGGUUUGAGGCUUAAGGAAUGUGAACAUGUAAUUAUAUGCAAUCUGGAGUUUGAAGGUGGUAGAGGUUCUGAUGUGGAUGGUAUUCAAAUCAAACCUAAUUCAAAACAUAUAUGGAUAGAUCGCUGCAGCCUCCAUGACUAUGAGGAUGGACUGAUCGAUAUCACCCGAGAAAGCACAGAUAUUACUAUUUCUAGGUGUCACUUUUCAAAGCAUGACAAGACGAUUCUCAUUGGAGCUGACCCCUCUCAUAUCAGUGAUAGAUGCAUCCGAGUGACCAUUCACCAUUGUUUUUUUGAUGGGACCAGACAGCGGCAUCCUCGAGUUAGAUAUGGGAAAGUGCAUCUGUACAAUAAUUAUACCAGAAACUGGGGAAUUUAUGCUGUUUGUGCUAGUGUUGAAUCACAGAUAUACUCCCAAUGCAAUAUAUAUGAAGCAGGACAGAAGAAGGUGGCAUUCAAAUAUCUUACAGAGAAGGCAGCCGACAGAGAGAAGGCAGCUUCUGGGUCCAUGAGGUCUGAAGGGGAUUUAUUCGUAAGUGGAACACAAGCAGGAUUAAUGACACAGGGUGCUGCUGAAAAUAGCAUGUUUCAUCCUAGUGAAUACUAUCAGACAUGGACAGUGGAACCUCCCACCGAUGAUCUUAAGCAGGUUCUCCAACACUGCACAGGAUGGCAGCGUGUUCCACUACCAGCAGAUCAGAAGCCGGUUGCAUAGAUGCCUCCAAUAAUUCUACAUAUAUCUUUAAUUUUCACCUUCAUGUUUGUAUUAAUGAAUGCCUUCCUGAGUGAAAAAUGGACUGAUUUCUAUUAUAGCAAGUGUGAGAUUAUAUUAUAGAGGAGGUUUACUAAUAAUAUGUUGUUUUUGGUUUUUUGUUUGAAAAAAUAUUUUAACGUGAAAUAAAACAGUUUUGAA